AAUUAGUUGGAAGGGAAUUUACACACGGUUCGGAUCGGUUCGAUUUCGGUUGCUCAGCGACGAUGCACUGCCUCCUUUGGCUGCUGUUGUCCCUGUGGAUCUUGUGCCUGCUUGGGCCUGGAUCACAGGCUCAACUGAUCCGCAUUCCCAUGCAAUAUCAGGCCUCCUUCAUGGCCAGUCGUCGUCAACAUCGCGCCGGAAGAACAAAUCUAUUGGCCAAAUACAAUGUGGUUGGUGAACCGGAGAUUACCUCUAGGGAUAGUCUAGGAGCCACGGAAACUUUGGAUAACCGAUUGAAUCUGGAGUACGCUGGACCCAUCAGCAUCGGAUCGCCGGGUCAGCCCUUCAAUAUGCUGUUCGACACGGGAUCCUCCAAUCUCUGGGUGCCCAGUGCAGACUGUUCAUCCAAGAACCUGGCUUGUCAGCACCAUCAUCGCUACAACUCCAGUGCCUCGAGCAGCUAUGUUCCGGAUGGCCGGAGGUUUGCCAUAGCCUACGGAACUGGCAGUUUGUCGGGUCGACUGGCCCAGGAUACGGUGGCCAUUGGCCAGCUGGUGGUGCGUAAUCAAACCUUUGGCAUGGCCAUGCACGAGCCGGGCUCAACCUUUGUGGACACCAAUUUCGCGGGGAUCGUGGGACUGGGCUUUCGAGCCAUAGCUGAGCUGAGAAUAAAGCCACUGUUCGAGAGCAUGUGUGAUCAGCAUUUGGUGGAUGAGUGCAUAUUCUCGUUCUACCUCAAACGCAAUGGCAGUGAACGGAUGGGUGGUGAGCUACUGUUCGGUGGAGUGGAUAAGGCCAAGUUCUCGGGAUCGCUGACCUAUGUACCGCUCACCCAUGCGGGAUACUGGCAGUUUCCAAUGGAUGGCAUCGAACUGGGCGGCAGGAUGAUCAGCCAGAAUCGACAGGCCAUUGCCGAUACGGGCACAUCUCUCUUGGCAGCUCCUCCCAGGGAGUAUCUGAUAAUAAAUAGCCUUCUAGGCGGUUUGCCCACUUCGAAUAACGAGUAUCUGCUCAACUGCGCGGAGAUCGAUAAGCUUCCUGAGAUAGUAUUCAUCAUUGGAGGUCAGCGAUUUCCCCUGCAGCCCAGGGAUUAUGUUAUGAGCGCCGCCAAUGAUGAUGGCUCGGUGAUAUGUCUGUCCGCUUUUACCCUGAUGGAGGCAGAGUUUUGGAUUCUGGGAGACGUGUUCAUAGGGCGCUACUACACCGCCUUUGAUGCUGGCCAACGGCGGAUCGGUUUUGCUCCAGCCGCCUGACAACACGUUUCGCUUAGUUUUGUUGCCAAUAGCCACAAACAUCUGUUCUAUUUAAUGACAAAACUUGGACAUAAAACGUGGCCGGAGAGAAAUCACGAGAGUUGGCUACAGAGAGAAUAGCGAUUCAAACUCGUUUUGUGGAAAAUAACAGCUGACCGACUCACGUUCGGUGCGGCGAGCCCAUCGAAUGAAUAUUAUAAUUAAUUACCUAAGCAAUUCCCUGACAAAGGGUUAUCUGUGUUUUUUAUCAAUCUUAAGUUAGGCAACAACUAUACAACCCUCUUUACUAGAAAUAUUACUAGGUAAACGCAAUGUUUUAUAUAAAAAUUAAGUAAAUCUUUUUCAUUUGGUUUCUGAAAGCUUAAACUUUAUAAGUUUUAAGAGUACAUUUUGAAUAAGAUUUUAUCCUCACGGUAUUAAUUUAUACAUGGGUAUUUCCCGGGCUAUCUUUCCGCAAUCGACUAAUAUGUGUGAAGUAGCUAAAACAAUAAUGCAAACAAAAUCACCU